CGGGAGGCGCCAACAUAAACCCAAAACAACCGAAGCAAAGCAAAAGCCAAGUAGCCAACCGAACCAAAGCAGGAGCGAGUCCCUUCUAGAGAGCCCCUUGAGAGUCGCCUGUAGCUUCCCCGAUCCCGCCCGAUCCCCAAUCUCCGACGACGGCGAUGCCGGCCGGACGAGAGAUGGGAGAGGUGUGUGGAGAUCUGUAAAUAGCAGGUCUAGGAUUAGAUCGAGUCUUGCCCAAGUGGUGUCUGGCGCUAUGCCGUGGUGGAGCGCGCCGCCGGCGCACGCGAGCUGCGCCUGGUGGCUAGCGUCGGCGUUUCUGAUGGUUGCGGUGGCGAGGUGCUGCGUGCAACCGGAGGAAAUGACGGCGGCGACUCCUUCAAUAAGCUCGUUGUGUUUCCUGUUAAGGUGGAGGCCCGGCUGCUCUUCCCUUUCUUUUCAAGCCAUCGUGGUGGUGGAUGGAGGCAGAAGGAGAGGCGGCGAGCUGGACUUUGCAGUUUGGGAAGGAGCUCAUCCUCAAUGGGUUUGAGACGAGGCAACGGCGCCCGCUUCGGCUGUCGGCAGCCGGUCCUCACCGUCUCGCCAUUGAAUAUGCUGGCCGAAGGGCGGCCCUUUCUCUUCCUCCCGGCCUGGUGCCUAGAUGGGAGGCAGUUCAUCUCCGAAUCGGAGUCUAAGGCUUCUUCUUCUGCGGUGUUGUGCUAUGGGAGAAGCAGCUGCGGAGGUCCCGACGUACCAAGUGCUAACGUCCCCGGCGACGACGGGAUUGGAUCCGGUUGGGAGAUGAUUUGGACCCGAUUGCAUUUCUUGUUUCCUGUUCGGGGUCCUCCAUGCAAAAAGCAGGGACUGGUCUGUAAUUUUCUUUCCUUUGUGUGUCCUGUUGUAAACUACGGUGUGCUAGUGCUACCGAUCUAUGGUUAAUGCAGUUUCUGGGUCGCGUGACCCAUCUUUUGUUCAAAAAAAAAGCAAAAGCCAAGAGCAGAUCCGUGGUGGGCACAAAAACUUGGAGAAAACGUAACCACGGCACGUGCAGCCUGUGAUGCAUACUAUAAGAGGAGUUCACCUCACCUAGCCACAACCUCCAUCCCCGGAACAUCUUGACCAACUGCGCGCACCUCAUCGGCCCGCGCCCGCCCGCUAAACCCUACCCUACUCGCCGGCGACAGAGGUUUUCGCGAGCUCGUCCGACAAUGGCGUCCCGCCUCAAGUUUGAGAACUCGUGCGAGGUCGGGGUGUUCGCGAGGCUCACCAACGCCUACUGCCUCGUCCCGGCCGGUGGGGCGGGGAAUUUCACCAGUGUGUUUGAGGCCGAUCUCGCCGACACCGUCCCGGUGGUCAAGGCAUCCAUCGGCGGCAUGAGGAUCCUCGGGACAUUGUGCAUGGGCAACAAGAAGGGCCUUCUUCUACCACACACCACCAACGACCAAGAGCUCCAGCACCUCAAGAAUAGCCUGCCUGAUGAGGUGGUCGUCCAGCGUGUCGACGAGCGGCUCUCCGCCCUCGGCAACUGCAUUGCUUGCAACGACCACGUGGCUCUCACAAACCCAGAUCUCACCAGGGAAACCGAGGAGAUCAUCUCGGACGUUCUUGGGGUGGAGGUGUUUAGGCAGACCAUCGCAGGGAGCAUCCUGGUCGGCAGCUCCUGCGCCUUCUCCAACAAAGGGGGACUUGUUCACCCGCAGACGUCGGUGGAGGACCUGGACGAGCUGUCGACGCUGCUGCAGGUGCCCCUCGUCGCCGGCACCGUCAACCGGGGGAGCGAGGGCAUUGCGGCCGGCAUGGUGGUCAACGACUGGGCGGCCUUCUGCGGUUCCGACACCACGGCCACCGAGCUCUCAGUGGUGGAGAGCGUCUUCAGGCUGAGGGACGCCCGGCCGGGGGCAUUGGGCGCAGACGUCAGGAAAUCCUUGGUUGAAAGCUGCUUUCUUUAGGGGAAUUUUGCCUUGAGGGAUUUUCUCCCUUGCUGUAUCUGUGUUUGCCAUGAAUAUUCUGAAGUAGUACUUUUAAGCUCGUGAUAAGACUUUCAAGUAGCAAAGGCCGGAGGGUUUAUCUCUGAAGACCUGAGUUAUAAACAAAAAUGAGGGGCACAAAUGACAAUGCAAUAGCCAAAUAUUGCGAGUUCUACA